UCCCCUGCAUCGGCAGGCGGACUCUCAACCACUGCACCACCAGGGUAGCCCCCCAAUGCCACCUUUUUUAGGCAACCAAUGACAAAAGUUUAGAGUGUGUCUUUCUACUUUUUUCUCUGUGCUCAUGUAAAGACAUCGUGCAGAAUAGUUUGUUUUAAGUUCAUGCUGCAUACGUUACCCUACCAUUUGCUUUUUUUCACUUAUCGUGUUAUGGACAUCUCUGCAAGUUCUUACAUAUAGAUCUAACUCCUUAUUUUUAAUAAGACAGUAUGUUAAAAGGAUUAGCCCUUUCCCUAUUGAUGGACAUUCACUCUAUUUCCAUUUAUUCUCUUGUUUUAAUCACUACAAACAAUACUGUAAUAAAUAUUAUUGUACAUAUAAAUCCAUACUGGUGCAUUUAUUUUUGCAGGAUAAAAUUGUAGAGAACUCUGAGUCAAAGGAUAUGUGAUGUGCACUAUUAAUAUUAUUUUCCCAAAAGCUUGCAGCAAUUUAUGCUUCUGCCCUUUCCCCCAAUCCUUAUUAGCAAUCUUUUAAAUUUUUGCCAAUCUGAGGAUGAAAAAUGGUAUCUUAACUAUUCUCUUUUUUGUUCCCCUCCAAUCUAUUCUGCAUUCUGCAGUGAUCUUUUAGAAAAACAAAUCUUACCACGUCACCUGUCUGCUCAAAACACCUCAUUUAUUUCCCAUCACUCUUAGAGUAAUGGCCAACAUCUUUGACAUGGCCCAAAAGCUCCUUGUGGUCUAAUUGUCUGCCUCUCUGGUGGGCUUUUCGCCCAGUAGGGCUUCCUCCUGAUAGGUCUCAACUCUACUGAGAAAUCAAGAUGACAUAUGUUUGUUUACUGGUACAAGCCUCAGAGGGAGCUACACCUUUUAAAAUGUGACUAACUUAUGCCUGAAAGGAAUAAUUGUUUCUAUUUUACUUGCCUUGAUGGAAGUGUUUUUCCAAUUGCUUCAGGCAGAUCAUCAGAGUAAACAGGGAAGCGUAGGACUUGUCAAAAAAACAUGUUAGGGCGACACCUUGACUCCCCAGGAAUAGGCAGAAAGUCUGAUUGAAAACGUAGGGGGUUUUUGCUUCUCUUGUUUUUAAGUCAGACUUUUAAAGUAGAAGCUGCCUUUAAUGUGCUGGUUUGCAGAACAGGAAAUCUGAUUUUCAGUGUGAUAACACAUUCUUUGACAUUAACCAGUACAGUUGGAUUUUUAAUGACACUUUCAUCUUCAAAGCCCUUCACUAACACGGUGGAUUAAUUAUUCAUUUUUUGGUUGUGUGUUAAAAAGACAAAUCUUCAAAGCCAUCAUCCUUUCUCCUCGGAACUGGGGCUCUCCACCUUUCAAAUGUUGCUUUCUUACCCCCAAGGGAGAAAAUAAAUUACAUCUUUUUUUUUUUUAAGACAAAAAGAAUACAAUAGAAAUAUACUCUUUACACUAUGGAAAGCUGAUGUCCUUAUAUCCUGGGUGGGAUCAGAAGAGGUCGGGAAGCAGUGCUUAAGCUGUGUUUACAGUAAGCACUGUGAGAAAUAACUCUGGCUAAAAGUGUUUGUUACUGCUCAGUCUUUUGAUGUGCUCUUAAAAAGUAGCACAAAUACAUCACGGCCCCCGUGUUCAACAUAAUAAUAUGCAGACCCUUAUAUUUGUUGCUAAAGUAUGUUUCUUUUCUGUUCUCUUCAAAAAAUGUCUACUUGGGUUUUUAAAAGUUUUGGUUUUGGAGAAGAAAACCCUCAAGACUUCCCUGGGGUCCUCCUUAACUUGACACAUUUUAUAACCACAAGGGAGCAUUCUUCCCUUUGAUGAGGUCUUCUCUCCACCUCUCCAGAAAUGAAAGAGCAAGUGUAAGUUUGCAAACAGCCUAAAAGCUCUUUCCAUUAGCCCUGGACGCCGGAAACCACAAAGGGCAGUCAAGUCUUGAUUUUCAAGGAGAAAGCCUCUGGUAAACUUUCGCUCAGCCGCCAGGAGAUCUGUUGGUUCCUGGGAGGAGCUCUUCUGAAACCUUGACGAUUCCUAUGUUCAUGAAGACACAGAGCGGUGGAUUACAGUAAUUGAAAAGCUUUGGUGGCUUUGGAAGAUUACUAUAUGUUUGGUGUGCGCUCACAUUUCCAGGCUAGGGGACCGCGUAGAGGAACCCCUUUUGUAAUCUUUUGAAAUAAGAUCAGAAGGGAAGACAGGGUUUGAAGUGUGGAUUGGGGGGGGUCGCCUAAAUCUUUGCCUAUCACCUCCGCCUGGAUCAUUAUAAAAAGAUCGAGGAGUACAAUGAACUUAGGGAAUCAUGCAACGUUUCCGUGAAGCCUGUUCUGGAACCUAGCUUCCGGAUCCAGAACCUUUUCCAGAAGCAGACCAGCGGCGGUGCUAGGCAGUCUGAAUGGACCAGCAUCUCCGCUUUGAAGAUUUAUUUUCAGUCUUCUGCUGAGAGAUUCACCUCUGGAGUGAUUGGUUCGCUUUUCGGCGGAUGAUGGAGAAACGUAAACAGGCCGGACUGCUGACCCUGCCGUACCACCUGCUCCCGGGGCCCAUGGGCGUGCCUGGGUCCCUGCCCCGCCUUCCCCUGCGGGACCCCUUCAGGGUCUCCUUGCGUCUGGACGCCGCGUGCUGGGAGCGGGGCGGCUGCGCCCCGCGGCGGCCGUACUUGCCCCUGCCGCUGGACGGCGCCUUCGAGCCCGCCUUCCUCCGCAAGCGCAACGAACGCGAGCGGCAGCGGGUGCGCUGCGUGAACGAGGGCUACGCGCGCCUCCGAGCUCACCUGCCCCGCGAGCUGGCGGACAAGCGCCUCAGCAAAGUGGAGACGCUCCGCGCCGCCAUCCUUUACAUCAAGCACCUCCAGGAGCUGCUGGAGCACCACGCGCGGGGUCAGGAAGGCGCGGCCGGCGCCGGCUCCUCACUCAGGGCCGAAUGCAACAGCGACGGCGAGUCCAAGGCCUCGUCGGCGCCUUCGCCCAGCAGCGAGCCCGAGGAGGGGGCCUGUUAGCGAGCGCUGGGCCGGCCCGGACCCCUCCCGCUGCGCCGCGCGCUUUUGGAGUCUGCUCUAAGGUUCCAAAAGGUUCCCUCCGGAGGUGGUUUGCAUUUGCAAUCUGUUUUUUUUUUCUUUUCUCCAGAACUAAAUCUUAGGAAAAAGAAAUGAGUGCUUUAGGGGGAAAAAAAGAUUUUGACAUUCUAGUUGUUUCCACCCCCUCCACCCCCCCUAUUGGUUAUGUGCCUGCAACUGAAAGAUGCUUAUGAAACUCUUCCUGUACUUCUCAAAGACAAACUGUACCAGACUCUGAACUCCUCAAAGGGCGAAAACAACGAGGAUUUGCCACAGUCAGCGGGGUGGGUAAAUUAGGGACGUAAAUACUGAAACAAAUCCAAUCUUAACCAAAGAAGAACUUUCCAAAACUAGCUAACUAACUAAAUAACAGCCCUUAAGAUGAGCGGAAGGUUUUUCCUGCAUUCCUUCAUUUGGGAAUUGAUGUGAAAUGUCAUUGACACCGUGCUUUGGAGGAAGGUGGCCCAAAGCUGACACCUGGGAACACGUUUGCCAGAGCACGCGGCCAGGCCAGCCUGUGCUGUUGACUAAGCGUGUGGAUGGCGGUGCUAGAAAGGACAUUCCAUAUUGGAAACAUCCUGUUUUAUCAAGAGUGGUCGUGUGGGAGCUUCAUAGCAUCUAGCAGAUAGUAACGUGUCAGUGGCAAUGAUCUUUUUUUGGAAGAGAACUCAAGAUUUGUAUGAAAACUUACUUUUCCUCUCAGGUGUCUUGUGCGUUGUGUUUUCAUUUUCCUUUUCUUUGCACCCCUCACCUCCACCCCCUUGUUCUCACUCCAUCUAACUUUCUGUUAAAGUGACACUGUGACCUUAAAAAAAAAAAAAAGGAAACGCUUAGAUGGUUGAAUGGGAGGGAUUGACGUUGGGACAUUCUCAUACUUUUAUCACCUUGAGGGCUUCCAGCUAUACUGAAAUUGUCUAGUGACUCUAGAAGUCUUUUAAAAAUAUUUAAUUCUGGUCUUUUUUUUCCUGAGAAACAAUUAUAAAUUCAGUAGGUAAGUCAAAUACUUGUUGACAUAUAAACUUCCUAUCUCUAAAGUCUUCUAAUAUGCUGACUGUCCCUUUCCCUGGAGACAGCUUUGCUCUGGGGGUGAGGGGGCUUGGGGGUGCUGGGAAGAGGACAAAGAGAAAACUAACAGUGCUGAGCCCUUUCCAGGUAUUAUUUCAUUAAGUCCCACACUGAGGUAGGUUUUAUUACCCCCUUUCUGCAGAUGUGUAAACAGAGGGAAGCAAAUAAACAAUAAACAUCUUUUAUGUGCCAGAAAUUUUGUUGUGUGGUUUUCACAUUUUGUCCUGUUUAUUCUCAUAAAUCUGUGAAGUGGGUAUUAUACAUAUUUGUAGUUUAAAAAAAAAAAAAAAAGGCUGGGAGAGGUUACAUGCCUUGCCCAGGUUAGUGUUGCUAGAAUUAGGUGAGCUGAGAUCCAGUCCUAAGUCUGCCUGACCCUGAAGCCCAGGCUUGCUUUCUACCUGACUGUGCUCUCCCUUGCCCUGUCAUUUGCUAGCUAGGUGACCAGCAAAUGCUUCUUAACCUCUCUGCAACUCAGGUUCCUCCUCCUCAUUCCACUACUUCACAGAAGCAUAGGUUACAGACCUUGGUCAUCUGCAAGCUACAAUCCAAUGAUUAAGUUAGUAGUGUUAGCGUUAGUGUUUGGAGGAAGUACUAUUCAUUAGCUAUACGGAGAGUAAGCCUGGUUAAAAAUGAUGUCUAGAUGGAGUGAGUGUGAUUUCUUCAGUGUUCAGAAGGAUGGAGUAAACCACACUUUAUUAGGGUUCUGUCUUCUAUUGUAAGGUUCUAGGGGACAUGACUGAUGGAAUGCUGAAUCCAUGUUGAAAUGCAUUACUACUAAUAUUUAUGAUGAUGAAUUAUUAUGGGAUUCUAUUGUUUCUUACUGCUCAGAUAAAUGCUGUGCAAUGAUUUACUACCAAACUACUUUUUCUUUAGAAGCAGGCAGAGCUCUGUGGUUUGAAUGAGCAAGAUGGAACAGCUAUUUUCUCUUACCCAUUACUUAGUUACAUUCUGACAAACUCCUAUAAUGUAUCCAUUUUUUCUCCAGGCUGGUUCUUACUCCAGUGCAGGUUUCAGUGAAGCAAGUAUAGGUAAGAUAUAUUUGCUAAUUAGGGGGAAAAAGAAAAGAAAAAGGGAAAGCACUCAUGUUACCUCCUGGCUGUGUUGAAGAAGAGGCUAAUUAAUCAAGUUGUUAAUUGGAGAACCUUGAGAUACUUUUUUAGGGGUAUUCGUUGGACAGUAAUAACACUCUUUAUUCCUUUUUUCUGCUCCAGCUAAUGGGUGAGAACCUUGACAUUCUCUUUUCUAAAGUAGGAAUAAUAAUAAAAGAGUAUAUUUUGUUUAAUCUAUACAGGUUAUGUGGUUGCUUUUAAUGCAGGAAAAAAGAAAUAAAGAUUUCUUCAUUUACUUCUUCAAAAUAUGUGUAUAAAAUGUGUGAGUAAGUAUAAUAUACUUGGCUGACAUGAGUGGUUUAUAAAGAGAAGGACAAAGGCAGUUUUAAAAGAGAACUUUUUUUCUGGAUAAAAUUUCUUGACAGACUUCUAAUGAGACUUUUCUUUAAAGUCCUAUUGAAAAAAAAUAAGUCCUAUUGAGAAUAAAGCAAUGAUUUUGAGAAACUUUUUGGGAAAAAAAAAUCCUAUCUCAAUCAUGUAACUUUUUUUAGAGGAAAAAAAAAAAAAUCAGGCAGUUUUUCUGGAACUUUCCUAAUGGCUUACAGGAGGAGCGCCAAUCCAGGAAUGAGACCUUUUAAAAUGUUUAGUCUUCCCUUUUUCUGUGACUGAACACUUAAUGAACCACAGAACAAUUUGACUCUCGGGAACCCCCUGGCUGUCCAGUGGUUAGGACUCCAUGCUUUCACUGCCCAAGGCUCGGGUUUAUUCAGGGAACUAGGAUCCCGCAGGCUGCGUAGCAUCAAUGGAGUGGAGAGGAGUUUUAUGGAAAUGAUGCAUUCAUGAAAGGAGAAACAUUGCAAGUCCUUCAAGAUCUUCCCUAUUUCUUUGGACACUCAGCCCAGACAUAUCCAUUGAUUACACUGUAUUGCUUUUAGAAUAUUCAUAACACUG